AUGGCUUGUGGGAGUAAAUUGCCCUGGGGCCUUUCUUUUAGAUCUUCAGAGGGGUUUAUUCUACUUGUUGUCUCGGCAGCUUUGUUCACGGACACUCUCGUAUAUGGAGUGAUUGUCCCAAUUGUUCCUGUGGCACUUAAAGACAGGGCAGGUGUGCCGCAGAAAGAAGUUCAGAAAUGGGUUUCGAUUCUUCUAGCUACAUACGGUGCCGCAUUUCUCAUUGGAUCUCCACUUUUCGGUUACUUCGCUGAUCGCAGCAAAAGUCGACGACUACCGUUCGUUAUUGGAUUGGCCGCCAUGAUCUUAGCCACCUCAUUCUUUCUCAUCGGUCGUUCCCCGGGCUUGUUCAUCUUUGCGAGAGCCAUGCAGGGGCUUUCCGGUGGUGCGGUCGGUGUAGUCGGUAUGGCCUUGGCCGUCGACACAGUUCCUAACGAGAGACUCGGACAAGCAAUGGGAUACAUCUCUCUGGCGUUGACAUGGGGAGUGCUGUUCGGCCCGAUCAUUGGAGGAGUUAUGUUUACCAAGGCUGGCUACUACGCAGCAUUCGCGGUGCCGUUAGCAUUAUUGUGCGUUGACAUCAUUCUACGGUUUCUCAUGAUCGAAAAAAAAGUUGCGAGAAGGCUGCUGCGGGAAAGAUUGAGAGCUGAGAACUCUGCGCAGUCAUACCACAACGCAACCCCGACGGAUUCGAGUCGGACGCAGUCUCUUGUCUCUGAUUCUGGGGAUACUAUUAGCGAAGAAUCACCACUCAUCCAAAGAUCUACCAACCUCAAUCAAACUUCAACCCAAACACUGAUAAUAUACCACCUGCUCAAGGAUUCCAGAAUUCAGGUUAAUUUGUUUGCAACUAUCAUUCAAUCGAUUGUCUGGACGGCAUUCGAAACAACGCUUCCUCUAUUCGUGAUGGAUAAAUUUGCCUGGACUCCAAGCGGAGCUGGUAUCCUAUUUUUAUUCUUCUCGCUUCCAUGCUUAUUCGGUGUCUUUAUAGGCAAGGGCGUAGAUCGUUGGGGGUCGCGCAUCUUCGGCACACUUGGUUUCACUCUUGCAGGUUGUCCACUUAUCCUUCUUCGACUAGUACAUGAGAAUACAACAAGACAACAUAUACUUUUGGGUGGUUUACUUGUUCUUGUUGGCCUCGCAAUUACAGUCGUCCAGGUAAUAACGAUGACGGAAAUAUCCCGCGCCGUCGACCAGUUGGAGGAGAAAGACCCGGCCUUGUAUUCGGGCCCUAGUGCGAUGGGUCAAGGCUACGCCCUCUACAAUAUGGCAUUUGCUUCGGGACAACUCCUUGGACCGAUCAUUGGAGGUUUUGUCAUUACCACAGUUGGGUGGGCAGGUAUGAAUUUAGCCCUUGGCUUGAUCUGCUUCGCCUCAGCAAUACCUAUGUUAUUUUUCUGCGGCGGACCCCUCAUUUCUCGGAAAGGAAAAAUGAAGAUUCGCGAUUUGUCUGGAGGGGCAGUGACAUAUGAAUAA